AUGGCGUCUGCCGACGCGGAGAAGACGGAGCAUAAGAUUGAGGGUGCCGUCGAGACAGCCCAGGAGCUGCACGAAGACCCGAAAUCCAAUGUCAAUCCAGAUACAGUCGAACAGAAGGUCGUCGACGACGCCCAAGAAGCUGGCGUCGCCGCAUACCAAUUCGACCCCGACGCUUCACCAGAGGACAAGGCAAAUGCCGCCAAAGGGCGGCUGCCGCCUGAUUUCCACCACCCGCGCAAGCCCAAGGGCAUCGCGGUGAUCACAGACAAGGAUGAUGGGAAAGCAGACUAUGACCUACCACCGCCGCAAUCCGCGACCGCCAUUAUGGCCGACGAAGCCACGAAAGCCGAGGAAGGAAAGCCAGUCGACGAUGACCUCCGAUGGGCGCGCGAUCGAACAGGCUGGGCUCCAAAGUUUGUCACUGAGAAGCUGGAGGGUGAUGACGACGAGGGCACGUUACUGGACCACCAGACCUUCCUGGAAGGAAGAAUUCCUGACAAGUUCUUCGGUGACUGGUACCACAAUGCGGGUAUCAUCAUCUUCGCUUGUCUUGCCUCAUGGCUGAUUGCGGUCGUGGGCGGUGGUAUCGGUUGGGUUCUGCUGAUCAUGGCAACUUGCAGCACGUACUACAGGACGUCCAUUCGACGUGUGCGCCGUAACUUCCGUGAUGAUAUUAGCCGCGAAAUGUCCAAGGCGCGCCUCGAGACGGACACUGAGAGUUUGGAGUGGAUUAACAGCUUCCUGGUCAAAUUUUGGCCUAUCUAUGCCCCGGUCCUCUGUGAUACCAUCAUCAACUCCGUCGACCAGGUUCUCAGCACAUCUACCCCGGCGUUCCUGGAUAGCUUGCGCUUGAAGACCUUCGUCCUCGGAAGCAAGCCUCCUCGCCUGGAGCAUGUCAAGACAUACCCCAAGACCGAGCCUGAUACUGUGAUCAUGGACUGGAAGUUCAGCUUCACCCCCAAUGACAACAUGGACUUGACUGCUCGCCAGAUGAAGGAUAAGAUCAACCCCAAGGUAGUGCUUGAGGUUCGUCUUGGAAAGGGCGUGCUCAGCAAAGGCCUGGACGUCAUUGUCGAGGACAUGGCUUGCUCGGGCCUCAUGCGCGUGAAGGUCAAGCUCCAGAUCCCCUUCCCUCACAUCGAGCGCGUGGAUGUCUGCUUCUUGGAUGCGCCCGAACUCGACUACGUGUGCAAGCCUCUUGGUGGUGAUCACCUCGGAUUCGAUAUCAACAUCAUUCCCGGCCUAGAGACCUUCAUCAAGGAUCAGAUCCACGCCAACUUGCAGCCCAUGAUGUACGACCCGAACGUCUUCCCUAUCGAAAUUGCCAAGAUGCUUGCUGGAAACCCCGUUGACCAAGCUAUUGGUGUUGUGGCCAUUACUCUGCACGGUGCUCACCAGCUUAAGAACCCGGACAAGUUCUCUGGUACACCUGAUCCCUAUGCCGUGGUGUCUCUGAACAACCGCAAUGAGCUCGGUCGCACCAAGAUUAUGCACGACACGGACAGUCCCCGUUGGAACGAAACCAUUUAUGUCAUUAUUACUUCUUUUGCGGAUGCUUUGUCAAUCGCUGCAUAUGACUGGAAUGAAUUCCGCAAGGAUAAGGAAAUGGGUACAGCUAGCUUCGCUUUGGACAAACUUGAACAGGAGCCUUCUCACGAGGGCAUUUACCUGGAAGUGCAGGCCAGUGGCCGCCACCGUGGUGCUAUCCAGGCUGAUAUCCGCUUCUUCCCCGUUCUCGAAGGUCGCAAGAAUGAGGCCGGCGAGGCUGAACCUGCCCCCGAGCUCAACACCGGUAUCGCACAAUUCACCAUCGAGCAGGCCAAGGAUCUUGAUGGAAGCAGAAGUAUGGUUGGCAAACUAAACCCGUACGGUGUCCUGCUUCUCAACGGAAAGGAAAUCCACAUCACGAAUAAGCUGAAACGCACCAACAACCCUAUCUUCCAGAAUGCCUCCAAGGAGUUCCUGGUUACUGACCGCAAGAACGCCAAGCUGGGUCUGAUUAUCAAGGACGACCGCGAUAUUAGCAGGGAUCCCAUCAUCGGCCGCUAUCAGAUUAAGAUGAACGACAUGAUCAAGAUGAUGGAACGUGGCCAGCAAUGGUUCCACCUCCACGGUGCUAAGGAUGGUCGUGCCAAAAUGACUCUGAACUGGAAGCCUGUUGCUCUCGGUGGUGUCGGCAGCGCUGGCUACAUCGACCCCAUUGGUGUCAUGCGCUUCCACUUCAAGCGUGCAACAGACCUGCGCAAUCUUGAGGCAAUGGGCAAGUCCGACCCCUACGCUCGUGUGCUGCUUUCUGGUAUGACUCGUGGCCGAACCGUUACCUUCCGGAACAACCUCAACCCCGAGUGGGAUGAAGUAGUGUACGUGCCUGUUCGUAGCGCCCGCGAGAAGCUUACUGUCGAGGUAAUGGAUGAAGAAACCAUCAACAAGGACCGAACUCUUGGCUGGUGCGAUCUGAAUGCCUCGGACUUUGUGCGCGAAAACGAAAACGGCGAGUAUGAGAUCGAUGAUGAGAAGCAGGCCAUUACUAGCUCCUUGAGUAUCAGCGGUGGCGCUAAGAAGGGAGAGCUUCACUACGAUGUGGCCUUCUUCCCGUCUGUGCCUGUUGUCAACCCCGAGGAUGAGGCAGAGGAGGAAGAAGAGGAGGAGGUCCCCGGUACCCCUGGUCCCGACUCUGUUGACUUCCGCAAGAGCAUGGAAUCUCGCCCCAAGACACUGCACACGAAGUCUGCGAGUGUUGACUCAAAGGCUUCCAAGGCAUCUAAGGCGUUGUCCAAUGGUACUGCCCCCAACGGCACUAAUGGUAAUGAUGAGCCUACCACCAAUGGCCGCACAAGCCUAGAGACCAAUGGAUCUCGUCCAGUGACUGGACCUCAGUCUGAAACUGCGUCUGUUCGAUCAAUCAAAUCGAUUCCCCGCACUUUCGUCAGUGCUGAUGAUCUCGAGAAAUAUGAAUCUGGUUUCAUCGUGUUCAAGUUCCAUGAAGGUCAGCUGGCACAUGCCCACGUGCAGCUUGAAGUCUUGAUGGAUGACUACAUGUUCCCUGCAUACGUCUCAUCCAAGAUCCACACUACGACCGCCAAGUUCACUGACGUCGGUGAGGCUUUCGUUCGCGAGCUCGAGUUCUCCAAGAUUACCCUGCGUCUCGUCAAGAAGGACGACCCCAAGGACUCCAGCGAGGAGCACACUGUUGCCAAGCUGACUGGUGAUACUCUGCCAACACUCAUGCGCAUGCUAUAUACCCCCACCGAGCUGGUUCUGCGCUCCACUGAUGGCGAAGUCAGCAAGGUUACCGUCAGCGCUCGUUACAUCCCCACCCAGAUGAAGCUCGACCCCAUGGAGAGCAUCAACAACAUGGGUACGCUCCGUGUCGAUGUUCUCGAUGCUGCCGAACUCCCCGCUGCCGACCGCAACGGCUUCUCCGACCCGUACUGUAAGUUCCGUCUGGGUGAGGAGACCGUUCACAAGACCAAGGUUCAGAAGAAGACGCUCCACCCUGCCUGGAACGAAUUCUUUGAGACCCCUAUCAAAUCUCGCAUUGGCGCCAACUUCCACGUUGAUGUCUGGGACUGGGACUUUGGUGACUCGGCUGAUUGGCUUGGCGCAAGCCCUAUCGACCUGGAAGACCUGGAGCCCUUCGUCGGGAAGGAAGUCACACUUCCUCUGAAUGGCAAGUCAGGCGUUAUCCGCCUGAAGCUUCUCUUCAAACCUAGCUACGUUAUUCGCUCCCGCCAAGGCUCCUCCACCUUCUCCGGCACCUUCGCUGUGCCCGGCAAGAUUGUCGGAGCUCCCGUGAAGGGUGUCGGCUUCGUCGGUGGCAACGUUGUCCGCGGUGCCUCGUUCGUCAAGCAUGGCAUCAUGUCUCGAUUCGGCAAGGACAAGAACGAGGACGCCUCUUCAAUUGCCGAAGAGGAUAAAGAUCGUCUCGCCCCGAGCGCCUCGAUCGCCGACUCCGCUCCCAACACCCCGCAGAGGGAGCACUCUCGCAACCGCAGCAACGCCUCGCAGUACGGUGACCGCCUCAGCGUCAUCGGAUCCGCGUCUGGAGAGAAGGGUGUCGCCAACAUCAGCCUGGUCUCAGCCGCCAACUUCCCUACCAACGCCAACCUGCGCGUGACCAUCCGCGUCGUUGGUCCCAAGGGCGCAAAAGAGGUGCACAAGUCCAAGACCCACAAGAACUCCUCUGGCACAGUCAACUACGACGAAGCAUUCCGGGUGCCCAACACCACUGCCGACGCCCAGUACCAGAUUCGCGUCGUCGACCACGCCACCUUUGGAUCCGAUGAGGUCCUUGGUGAUGCCCUGUUCUUCGUUGAUGACCAGGGCUCCAUUGCCGGCCAGGACAAGGUCGUCACCGUCGGCGCUGGUGUUGUCACUCUUCGGUCCAGCUUCGCGCCUUCGGAAUCCAGCUUGCGACCUACGACUUCGGGGUCUACGGCUGCUGAAGGGGAUGGUUCUGAGAGUCCCGAUUCCCGGAAGAUGCCUCGCCGCAGUUUCUUGAGCAAGCGCAGUGUCAGUGGGGCCUGA